GGGUCACUGAUCUCUCUGCACAUUCAUUCAGCUCAGUGGGGGAUACAGAACAUCACCGGCUUCUUCUCGUUGUUUUUUUCCUCCACAUUCAUGGAUUUAAAACAAUAUUCAGCCCCCCUUAGCGGGAUGAAAGAGUCUAAAGUGGAGUUUAAAUGAAGUCCGGACUCCUGUUUUUAUUUAUUAGCUGCGUUUCUCCUGUUAGGACCUGUGACCGGGGCUUCUACCUGAGGAGUAAAGAUGAAAAGUUUGCUAUUCGUCACCUUGUGUUUCUCGACGUGUCCGCUCAUGGUUGACGGACGGCAUCCAACCUGUAACUUCCUGUUGGAGGUGGAGAGAGACCAGGCGGAGUGUCUGAGGCAGCUGAGGGAGGAGGACACUGCCGGCAGCCAUAAAGAGUCGGGAUGCAAAGGAGUGUGGGACAACAUUGCAUGCUGGAAGCAAACUGAGAUCGGAGAGACCGUCACCAUCCCCUGUCCUCGAGUCCUCAAGACUGUAUUCGGCAGAAAUGGUAACAUCAGCAGGAACUGCACGUCAGCGGGAUGGUCGGACGUUUUCCCAAACAUCACCAGCGUGUGUGGGUCGGACACCAGCCAGGACAAGUUGGUCUUCUACAUGGUCGUGCAGACAUUGUACACUCUGGGUCACAGUCUAUCUUUGAUCGCCCUCACCACAGGGAGCGCCAUCCUCUGUCUGUUCCGGAAGCUCCACUGCACCAGGAACUACAUCCACCUCAACCUCUUCUUCUCCUUCAUCCUGAGAGCUGUGGCCGUAUUGGUGAAAGACGACAUCCUCUUCAAUCGGACCUCGCAGUGCUCCAACCAGCCGUCACUGGUGGGAUGUAAGGCCAGCCUAGUGUUUUUCCAGUACUUCAUCAUGGCCAACUUCUUCUGGCUGCUGGUGGAGGGUCUGUACCUCCAUACUCUGCUGGUUGUCAUCUUCUCCGAGAACAGACACUUUAUUGUCUACAUGUUCAUCGGCUGGGGAAUCCCCACGGUAUUCGUCUCUGCGUGGGUGAUGACCAGGAUUUAUCUAGAGGACACGGGAUGCUGGGAGAGAAAUGACAACCCCACACCCAACUGGGUGAUCAACGGACCAAUCGGAUUCUCCAUUAUGGUGAACUUUAUCCUGUUCAUCAGCAUCAUUCGGAUCUUGAUUCAGAAGCUGAGGUGUCCUGAUGUGGGUGGCAACGACCAAUCACAAUACAGGAGGUUGGCCAAAUCCACUCUCCUGCUAAUCCCUUUGUUUGGGAUCCACUAUGUGGUCUUCGUUUCUCUCAGUGAAUCCAUCGCAGAGGAUUAUAAAAUAUUCUUUGACCUGGCCCUUGGAUCCUUUCAGGGUCUGGUGGUGGCCAUUCUGUACUGUUUUCUAAACAAUGAGGUUCAAGGCGAGCUAAAGAGAAAGUGGCGGAGUAUGUGUCUGAACUGCCGUCUGAGCAGAGAUCACCACUUCAACAGCACCUUGGUCUCCAGGAACGGUUCAGAGCACAUGGUACAGUUUCACCGCAACUCCCGAACCCAGUCCAUCCUGCAGUCAGAGACCACAGUGCUGUGAGGACCUGAGGGAUCCUUGGAAAAA